GACAUUUGUCUAAUCUGCUAGUUCGAAAGUGUCUUCUCUUUGCAUGAGAGACCCCUGCAUUCUCCCACGCAUCGCUCAGCGCGACAGCGCGCAACACGACCAUCCCGUUUGAAGGCCCGCCAACAGCCGAUCAUGCUUUCCCAAAACCCGUCGCGGGGUCUUCUCCUCGCCCUCGCCGCCCUUGCUAGCGUAUCUUCCGCCGAAGAGGGUACGAAAACGAUCUCCACAACCACACCGGUCCACACACCAUGUGUCGCGACGUCCACUAACGGCGCCUUCUUCGAUCUGCGCCCGGACGCCGCUGUGGCUGUCGUCGAGGGGGAAAAGCCACAUAAGGGGAUACCCACUGAAGACUACACAGCCAGGGGCUGGGACUACGGAUCGAACUUUACGAUCAAUGUCUGCAACGCUGCGGUCAAGACGGCGGAGGAUGUCGUCGGGGUGGAUGAGGCGCUGUGGAAGAACGUCAGCGCGUACUACGAGGCCGACGGGAAGGUCUACUCCUUAGGACAACAAUCAGACAACCUCGUCCCGCGCGGGCGCAAACUCGUCCUCCAAUACACAGGGGGGUCACCAUGCGGUACCUCCGACAAGAGCAAAGACAAGCGCGCCAGCGUUCACGAAGGGGCGCGAUACAAACACUACGAGUUCGAUGAUGAGGAUGAAGAGCUUGACCCUAAGAAGCCCAACGAUGAUGAGGAAGACGAGGAUGGAGACGGCGAGAAGGAUGAGGACGAGAAGAAAGGCGAUGACGAAGACGAAGACAAGGAGAAGGAGGGAGAAAAAGAGAAGGAGAAGGGGGAUAACACGCGCCGCAAGUCCGCGACCAUUUCCUUCCUCUGCGAUCACGACCCCGACACGCCCACGGCCUUCUCUUUCGUUGGCACCGACCCGGACGAGUGCGCGUACUUUUUCGAGGUCCGCUCGCAACACGCUUGCGCCGGCGCUGAGCCCCACAAGCCGGGCAGCGUCGGGCCAGGUAGCGUCUUCGCCAUCAUUUUCUUCAUUACCGUCCUGGUGUACGUCGUGGGCGGUAUCUUUUAUCAACGCACCGUGGCGCAUGCGCGCGGUUGGAGGCAGCUACCCAACUACAGCCUGUGGGCCGGCAUCUGGAGCUUUAUCAAGGACCUCCUGGUUAUCCUGACAUCGUCAUGCGCCCGCAUCAUCCCGAAACGGCGAGGCUACCACUCGCUGUCGGGGUCUCCCAAUGGGAGGAACCGUAACCGUGACGACGAGAACCGUCUGAUCGACCAGCUUGACGAGGAGUGGGAUGACUGAUGCUUCCGCAACGGGUUUGCUUUAUUCGGUCUUGACACGUUUUCUUCGGCGUUGGUGAAGGCUUAUUGCAGGGUCAAUUGAGCAUACAAGGGAAGAAUGCCAGUCCAGUGCUGAGCUAUUAUACCCCUGAAAACUGGAGUAUACUCGUCUCAAUUCCGGUAGCUUGCUGCUUGGACCUAAAUGAAGGCAGAGGUUCUAGACAAUGAAUCGCUUAUAGAGGCAACUUGAAUAGAAUCUUUUUCCCACCUGCCUCAUCGUCUCUUGGUUGAAAUUUGGGAUUGGACGCCUCCUCACGCCUCAAAUAUCUUGGUGGUGUUGGGAAUGCUUGGCCUGCGUGAACAAUGCCACAUAGUGU